UUAUCCAUCGUUACAGACUGCAUAAUAACCGCUUUAUACCGUGAAACUCGGUAUAAUAUAUUUACCGUUCAAUUACAUGGUAAUAGACAUUGAUAUUAAAAUGCUUCCGCAAUCUUUAUUGUAUCAUAUGUCCUACGAAUAUGUUCUAUGAAAUACGAAUAGGAUAAUUAUAGUAUCAAAAAUCAUCCGAUUCGGAGCUUUCAAAAAUCAUUAAACAUUAAUUGUCUUUUUCAAGAUGAUGUUCCUCUAGAUUAUUGUUCUGAUCACUCGUAGUUUUUAAUUAUAUAUACCAUCAUAUUUUGCGCUACAUUAACGGAAAGAUAAUAUGGCCAGAUUAUUAUUAACAUUUUCACGCUCCAGACGUAUAGAAAAAAGUAUUCAAUAGACGAAAAAAUCUUGAAAUUAUUAUUUGAGUUGCAACUUAUCUCUAACAUAACCAAGAAAAAACAUUAUAUGAAGUACAUAACUUAAUGAGACUUUACAACCAUACAAGGAGGUCUGAUCACUAGACCAAGUGAAGCACUUCACUGACAGUUUCGUUUGGCGAAGACGAAAAUUAAAAUCAAAAAUCUAACCAAGAACAACAAAAUAACCAUCUGCCUUCACUUCACUCAAACUCAGCUGACUUCACUGAUUUUGGACUUUUGUCUGAAUCUACACAAACAAGUCAUUGAAUACUUUCGUCCAGGAAACAUCCAAGAAAUUAUGAAACUUUGAGAAAAAAUAAGAUUUUAAAUAACCGCUUUGCCGAAAUGACAUCUUCGAGGGCAUGCGAACAGACAACAAGCUCGAGUAAACUUGGCACAGAAAACCCGGACGACUUUUUAAUCGACGUGCAUGGAACUGACAAAAUAGUGGAUGCUCAGUCACCAACCGCUGCUUAUCGCGCUUCCGCUAGCCAAUCAGGUUUUGUGGACGAGCAAGAGGAAGACGAGUUGGAUGACUCACUCACGAGUUUAAAUUGGCUGCACUCUAUGCAAGGUGGAUUUCAAUUAGACCAAACCAGUGAGGUGAAAAAAGACGGCAGCUGUGAAGAUAAAAAAGAACUGAGCGAGGAUCGAACUUCAACUGCUGUCAAGCAGGUGCAUUCGCCUCCUACAGCUAACUGCACCAAGUUGACGAUUCCGAUGAAAAGUAUAGCAAAAACUGCGACACGAGCGCCUCCCAAUAGAAACAAAAACUUAAUUAAUGUCGCGGCUGCUUUGAACAAUGCGCAAAAUUUCGUCACUAUUUCGCCUACAAAAAACAUUAAGCAAAGCUCAAAAAUUGUCUCGAUCAAUGAUAAUGCUGUAACUUCAAGACCGCUCUCUCAGAAAACGAUGUCUAAAAAGAUUUCAAUCACCACUAUUCCGGCCAAGAGGGAAGUGACGACGAUAGUGAAUGGGAAUUUGGGUCUGACUGCCAAUAUGGGUCUGAAUAGGACAGUGGGAUUGGCCAAUAGGAACGGAGCAAGCUCGGGCACAUUUGUUCCCGCGGUUUUGUCGAGAGCUGGUUCCACAGAGCAAGGUAGCGAUUUCAUCCCUUAUCCAAUGAACAACACCGGCAACCACCACUUACUCUUAAAUUCGACUCUUCAAAACUUCUCUUCUCAACUAAGUACCAAUGCAAAGGGGUCAGACGCCGCCCAACUGCUAGACGACCCAGAUGUGUCUAAAUACAAGUACAACCACCUGAUCAAACCUCCUUUUUCCUACACUACUCUAAUCUGUAUGGCUAUGAAGGCGAGGGGGGCUUCGAUAGACGGGAAGAUCACUUUAAACCAUUUGCUGAGUUGGAUUGCGGAUAACUUCAGUUACUACAAGCAUUCGGACCCCGCCUGGCAGAACAACGUGUACCACGCCUUGACAAGCAACAAGUGCUUCCAGAAAGUGGCCACAGGCAGUCAGAGCAGUGGAGUGUUCGGCAGCUUCCAGGAGGAGUUGAGCAGUGGCAACUCCAUCUGGCGCAUAUCCCCCACCCACCAGCACGAGGUGGACUCCAUGUUCAAGAAGAAGAGGGCGCUCCAGCAGCCCACUUCGGCUCACAAUGGCAAUCUGAAAAAACCAAGGUUUGCGCCAAAUGGAAUGAUAGACGCUCAUUCUAUCAUACAAAUAGGAGCAAACACCAAUGCCAGCACCAACAACGGAAACAAUAGUAGUAACAAUAUUAGUAGCCAGAGUGCACCCGCUAGAAGUAAACGAAAACAGUUUGUCCAGGAACAACAUAGUGGAAUGGCCAGGAGAUCCAACUCCUCCGGACCCCCUAUGAUGUCAAUGAAUCAUCAUCAGAGUCCAACAAUGGUCAGUGUCCAGAACUACUCGAACCAGGGCUCAACUUCAGUCCAGAACACACCUCAAAGUAACCGAAGAUUUGUGACAAAACAAUUGCUAAAUAACGGAGUUGUUGUGAACAACGGCACUGGAGGUAUAACGAAUGUCCAUAUGUCGAAUAUCAACAAUCAGACCAUGAUGAAUGGAAUAAACGGAACUGGUAUGGUUCAACACCAAAUGAGUCAACAACAAACUCAACAACAAUUUCAUCAUCAUCAGAACCAACAACACCAGCUACAUCCGCAACAACAACAGCAGCAACUAAUUGUUCAUACAACACAACAGCAGCAAAAACAAUCACAGCAAAAACAGCAAACUCUGCAGCACAAUUCAGCAAGGAAUCAACAAGAUAAACAGCCUAAACAACAGUCGCCAAGCAAACUACAUCAAAAAUCUCUUCAUAACCAAACUCUGAAUACAAAAUCUUCUCUCUCAGCACAAGAUUCGGUCAACCAAACGGUUCUAGCUUUGAAUGAAUAUGUCCAAGGUCUGCAAAAUAAGUCGGGAAGCAACCAAGUAGCCGAAUCUGCCAAUAAGCCGAUAUCCAUGAAGCAAGAAAAUCCAGAAAACUAUGUACCAAUCUGCGCGCAAAAUUUUCCAUAUAACUCACCCAAUCAAAACUCACAGGGCGACAUGAGCAAUGGCAGUUCGUGUUCGUUGCCUCCACUUUUGAACGGACCCUUGCCUAACUACCCCCAGACUUUGAAACAAGGAGAUAGCAUGUUGUCUACUUUUAACAUGCCAGAUUCGUCGAUGGAAAAUAAUCCUCUGAACUUUCAGCAACAGGAGGAAACGUUAGUCACCGAACAAGACUGUCUGCUGAUGAACUUAACCGAAGACGACAUUCUGUCUCAAAUAGACGACUUAUUCUUUGACAUAUCUCCACCUCAGAGCAACAACCUCACCGACAACACGGACUUCGACGCACUGAACGGGUUUUUAUUCGAUAACAACAACCAAGACAACAACCCAGUCACAUGCCAACAAAAACAACAACAAAAUCUUCAGCAACAACAACAGCAAAUACGUCGUCAACAACUACAAAUGCAGCAGCAUCAAGAAAACCAGUUUUAUCAACAACAACAACAACAACAACAAAGCCAACCACAGCAGCAAUUUACCAUGGCUCAAGCUGAUUACUGUUUCAAUGGUAGCCCUGCAACUGAGCAACAUAACCAAAGCUAUAGAAACCUAGCGGUCCGUGGAUCCAAAAUAGAACCUCCUCUAAACUGGAGUCCAUCGCCGAGAAACCUCUUGUUGCAAGAAGUUCCUAGGAGCGUAGUUAAAACGGAGCCAAAUGACUUGGAUUUGAGCGCCAGUAACAACUCGAGUUGGAUGCAAUGCUCACAAACAUCUCUUAGUUUGUCCAACAAUUCUGAUUGGUUAAGAGACUCUCACGAGCGAAUUAUGAAGGGCGGCCAACUUUCUGAAGAGGAACUAGAAUUGAGCGGUCAUGGGUUAGCAAACAGAGCCGUAGUUUUCCAGGGAAAUCCAGCUAGAUUUUUAAACCAGAUGGGUGGAGUGAAUAAUGAAAUGGGCCAACAACAUCAUGUCCAGAUUUUCCAACAGGAGAAAAUGUCUCCGAUGCAACCGCUUCAGUUGAAUGAGUCACUCAUGUCGCAGGAGUCUUUUCCGCAGUACAUUAACUCUAGCAAUGAGUUCAGCUCUCCUAGGAUGCUUGACCUCUCGUGCUUGCCAGAACCACUAGCCUAAAAACAUUAGUCAAUACUCUGUGAAUACAAAAUUUUGAAUUUAAAUUGUAGAUAA